AUGCUCACUAGAAGCCAGACAAACGAAACCCCAGCUGCCGCUGAUGGUGAUGCUAGCAACUCCGAUUCGGACGCAGAUGCCACCGCAGUCAACAUUGGAGCCCAAGACGCUAUGGCGCAACCACAAGCCAACGUCGGAGGCGAUGCGUUGGCCACCUUGGUUGCUAGCAUUGCGUCAGUACGUGCAAGUGUUGAAGAGUUGCGUAACGAAACCAGCCGUAGCCAAGCAGAAGUUCAGCAGCUCCGUCUGCGAAUGGAAAUGGAUUCAGCCAAUGCCACCGCACCAACUACAACAAUUGCCGUAGUACAGCCGCCAGUGCCGUUGCCAACAAAUGCAUUGCAGUUUGUCGAGGGUUCAGCCGCCAAGCUAUACCCUUUGCCAACUUUCGAUGGCAGUCCGGAAGAUUGGCCAUUAUUUUCGGCCAAUUAUGUGGACACUACAGCAGAGUUCGGCUAUAAUAACAGGCAAAAUCUCAUGCGAUUGCAGAAAGCGCUGCAAGGCAAUGCCAAACGAGCAGUCAUGUCCAUGCUCAUAUAUCCUGACGAUGUGCCCAAAGUAAUGAAGGAGCUCGAAUUCAAUUUUGGUCGGCACGAUUUGUUAAUACGUGCGCAACUACAAAAAGUUCAACAGUUUCCUACAAUUCACGACAACCGCCUAGAUCAGGUUCUGGAGUUUUCCAAUCGAGUUCGCAACAUAGCCGCGUUUUUCAAAUCGGCGCAAUGUGAGCACCAUCUUAUGAACCCUACACUUCUAGAGCAACUGAUCUCGAAGCUGCCGCCGUCGAAACAAUAUGAGUGGAGCAAGCAUGCUGUCAACAUUAAGCCGUUUCCUACAGUAGACAUAUUUGCAGAUUGGUUGAGCAACUUGGCCAAGGUCGUGUCAAUCAUGCCUGGGGUAGUUGAAAUUUCUCUGCGUUACAGCCAAGCGUCGUUGCCAUCGUCGCGUCACCGAUCCGGUAGCAGUCGUCAGUUUGCGUCAAGUGGAGUUCCGGCACGUCGAGUCUUACAAAGCAGUGGGGAGCAGUCUGUAUGUUUGUGUUGUGAUCAGUCGCACGUCUUAACUGAUUGCCGUAAAUUUAAAUCAAAUGAUUGCGCAGCCAAGUGGUUGCUUGUCAAACAACACCGCCUUUGUUUCGGUUGUCUACAAGCAGGUCAUGGGUUAUCUGAUUGCCGUCGUCGUAAAGCAUGCGCCAUCAAUGGUUGCAAGCGUAUGCAUCAUCAGUUGCUGCAUCAAGACAAUCAUCCGUAG